AACCACCCCUAUCGAUCCCACCAGUACAUAAUUGUCCAAAAACCGAGACCGGUUGGAGUGCCGGGCAUCUGACGUCCACACGGCGACGCUUCCCUGCAGUGACUACAAUACACAAUCGAUGGAUGAUUUCGACCGAUCGGGUAUGCUCCAAUAUAAUUUAAUAGAUACGGGUGUUCAAGCAGUCAAACCGUCGUGCAGCAGAAAAGCCAAAGACCCACAUUUGAAUAUCAAGCAACGUGCUUUCCUGAGACGACACUUAUUGGCCUAUAUUCACUGGACCUAGUUCUUAUGCAUAGGCAUGUACCAGUAUAUAGGCAGUGCCCCAGCUUCUACCAGAACAGAUGCAGCCGAGAUAGGAGAAUAGUACGUGCCGCACGCGUGCUGAUCCGCUUUGCGGAGUCUACCGCCACGAUCGAUCGGGAUCUAAGGAUAUAUGCGCCAGAUCCUGCACCCACCUUUUCUCUCCUCACCAAAGUAGUUUGUCCUCGGUCUCGUUCUUCUUGGCAGUCAACUAAGGGGCAGCGUCACUGUUGGAGGCGCAAAAUAUUCUACAGAAGGACAGUGUCGCAUUUCACACAUGCAUCUGGUUGUCCAGGGCCAAGACUGAUUUUCCGCAACUUGCGUUGGGCUGUUUACUCCCUCAUAGCCACGGCUAACUACGGGUUUUCUAAUUUCCACAGGUCGAUUCCGAACGUACUGUCGUGGUCUGCCCCCGACCUUGUAAUCAUCUCAGUAGUCUACUUUUACUCGCCCAGCCUCCCGAAUGUUGACCUCCUUCCGUUGAGCCAUUUCUGCGGAUCACCUCGUGUCAUUGGUUAGGAGACAAUUGGAAGUAUUCUUGGUCAUUUCAAUCCAGAACAACGCGGACAGGACAUUUACGCAGGCUGUUCCAUUUUCUGAGUCUCUGUGUUGGAUUGAAUCUAUGCUCAUGACACGUU